AUGGAACACCAAAACAAUGUGACAGAAUUCAUCCUUUUGGGACUUACAGAGAACAUGCAGCUGCGAAAAAUGUGUUCUGCUGUGUUUCUGGUCAUGUAUGUGGCCACAGUGCUGGGAAACGUACUCAUUGUGGUAACUAUCAUCUCAAGUCAAAGCCUGAGGUCACCUAUGUACUUUUUCCUUACUUUCCUGUCCCUCAUGGACAUCACCUACUCUUCUGUCAUUGCCCCCAAGAUGAUUGUGGACUCCUUCUCUGAGAGCACCACCAUCUCCCUUGAAGGCUGCAUGACCCAGCUCUUCGCAGAGCAUUUCUUCGGUGGUGUGGGGAUCAUCCUCCUCACGGUGAUGGCCUACGACCGCUACGUGGCCAUCUGUAAACCCUUGCACUAUACCGCCAUCAUGAGUUCUCGAGUGUGCUGCCUGAUGGUUGGAGGCGCUUGGGUGGGAGGCUUUACACAUGCAAUGGUACAGCUUCUCUUCAUGUAUCAAAUCCCCUUUUGUGGCCCCAAUAUCAUAGACCACUUUAUAUGUGAUUUGUUUCAGUUACUGACACUUGCCUGCAUGGACACUCACACCCUGGGGCUCUUAGUCAUCAUCAACAGCGGAGUGAUGUGUACAGCCAUCUUCCUUAUCCUUACUGCCUCCUACAUCGUCAUUCUCUGCUCCCUGAACUCUUACAGCUCUGAAGGGCAGCGCAAAGCCCUCUCCACCUGUUGUUCCCACCUCACAGUGGUCGUGUUGUUCUUUGUCCCUUGUAUUUUCUUAUACAUGAGGCCUGUGGCUGUUUAUCCCAUAGACAAGGCAAUGGCUGUGUCUGAUUCAAUCAUCACACCCAUGUUAAACCCCUUGAUCUACACACUCAGAAAUGCAGAGGUGAAAAAUGCCAUGAGGAAAUUUUGCAGGAAACGAAAGAUUUUAGUUGGUGAGUGGCUGUUCUGA